GGCGCCAGGAGCAGCGCCCGGGGCCCACCAUGCCAGGGGCAGGUCUCCCCCACCCGAGGGCCCGGGGGAGAAGCCCAGCGUCGGGGAGGCCCUGGGGUCCGAGCCCAGGACGGUCAGCAGGAGGUACCUGAGCUCCCUGAAGAACAAGCUGUCCAGUGGGGCCUGGAGGAAAUCUUGCCAGCUCAGCAGCUGCCCCGAGCCAGGGACACAGGAGCCUGAGAAGAGGAUCGUCCAGGAGCUGCUGGAGACUGAGCAGGCCUACGUGGCCCGCCUGCACCUGCUGGACCAGGUGUUCUUCCAGGAGCUGCUGGAGGAGGCCCGUAGCAGCAAGGCCUUCCCCGAGGACGUGGUCCGGCUCAUCUUCUCCAACAUCUCCUCCAUCUACCAGUUCCACGCGCAGUUCUUCCUCCCAGAGCUCCAGCGGCGGCUGGAUGACUGGUCAGCCACCCCCCGCAUCGGGGAUGUGAUCCAGAAACUGGCCCCCUUCCUGAAGAUGUACAGCGAGUAUGUCAAGAACUUCGAGCGAGCCGCGGAGCUGCUGGCCACCUGGACUGACAAGUCUCCCCGCUUCCAGGAGGUUCUCACUCGAAUUCAGAGCAGCGAGGCCUCGGGCAGCCUGACCCUGCAGCACCACAUGCUGGAACCUGUGCAGAGAAUCCCACGCUACGAGCUGCUGCUCAAGGAGUACGUCCAGAAGCUGCCAGCCCAGGCCCCGGACCGGGCUGAUGCCCAGAAAGCCCUCGACUUGAUCUUCUCAGCCGCGCAACACUCCAAUGCAGCCAUCAAGGAGAUGGAGCGGCUGCAGGACCUGUGGGAAGUGUACCAGCGCCUGGGCCUGGAGGACGACAUCGUGGACCCGUCCAACGCCCUGCUCCGCGAGGGCCCCGUGCUCAAGAUCUCCUUCCGCCGCAGAGACCCCACGGAGCGCUACCUUUUCCUGUUCAACAACAUGCUGCUCUACUGCGUGCCUAGGGUCAUCCAGGUGGGCGCCCACUUCCAGGUGCGGACCCGCAUCGACGUGGCCGGCAUGAAGGUGCGCGAGCUGACGGACGCCGAGUUCCCGCACUCCUUCCUGGUGUCCGGGAAGCAGCGCACCCUGCAGCUGCAGGCCAGGUCCCAGGAAGAAAUGAUUUCUUGGAUGCAGGCCUGCCAAGCAGCUAUUGACCAAAUCGAGAAGCGGAAUGAAACCUUCAAGGCUGCGGUGCAGGGCCCCGAGGGAGCCGCCCAGGGCCAGGAGCUGCAGUCGGAGGAGCUGGGCCUGCGGGCGCCACAGUGGGUCCGGGACAACAUGGUGACCAUGUGCAUGCGCUGCCAGGAGCCCUUCAACGCCCUGACGCGCCGCCGCCACCACUGCCGGGCUUGCGGCUACGUGGUGUGCGCCAGGUGCUCCGACUACCGGGCUGAGCUCAAAUAUGACGCCAACAGGCCCAACCGCGUCUGCCUCCGCUGCUACACUUUCCUCACCGGCCACGUGCUCCCUGAGGACAAGGAGGACAAGAGGCGGGGCAUCCUGGAGAAAGGGUCCGCGGCGGGGGCCGAGCGGAGCCUCAUGAGCAGCUUCCUGCAGCUCGUCGGGGACAAGUGGGGCAAGAGCAGCACCCGGGGCUGGUGUGUGAUCCCCCGGGACGACCCCCUCGUGCUCUACAUCUAUGCGGCCCCCCAGGACAUCCGGGCUCACACCUCCAUCCCCCUGCUGGGCUACCAGGUGACCACGGGGCCCCAGGGGGACCCCCGAGUCUUCCAGCUGCAGCAGUCCGGCCAGCUGUACACCUUCAAGGCCGACACCGAGGAGCUGCGGGGCCGCUGGGUGAAGGCCAUGGAGCGGGCGGCCAGCGGCUGGAGCCCGGACCCCGAGGACGGGGACCUGUCUGACUGAGCCCAGCGGCCGCUCUCCCGCUCAGCCUGGCUCCUGCCACGGCUGCCCCGUGGCCUCUGACCACCACCCCACGCUGAGCCCAGUCGCUCUCUAGUUACCGGUGCCCAGGCCGUGUGUCCCGAUUUGGUGACCGAGCCUCCUGGUUUGCCCAGCGCUGGGACAUGGCCUUUCAGUGGUAAAGCCGGAAUGUCCGAGGUCACCGGGCGGCUGGUCACCAGUGUGGUUCUCACCUUGGGCUGCACGUUAGUAUCACCUGGGGUCUUUCAAACAGACCCCUAGAAAUAUAACAAUAAACUAAAAAUUGGAAAUGCCA